UAUUACAAAAGUUCAGUGCUGUGUAAAAUUUGCAAACAAAAUCCACACCGAGUCUCGAAAAGACCUCGCUCGACGUACUGCACCGGAUCAAGGCGAUUUACAUCCGUAUAGAGGACAAGAUGGGAAUAACACAAUCAUCAAAAUCAUACGAUCUCCCUUACAUCCCAGAUAAUAAGCCACAACCCAGCAACGAAAACUCACCUGAGUUGACUGAUCUACAGACUGAAUUGAUCCGUGGCUCAUGGGAAAAGGUCAAAACGAACAAAAAGUACCAUGGUGAACGGUUAUUUCACAAGUUAUUUGACGUGGCACCUCACUUGCAAGAGCUAUUUCCGUUCGGCAGCGACUUAACAAAUCCCAUGUUUACUAUGCACGCCUUGAACAUCAUGAACACGUUAGACCUAGCAGUACAAAACUUGGAUAAACUGGAUAUACUUGUGCCUAAGCUAAGAGAACUUGGACAGAUGCAUGCAGCAUUUGAGCUUACGGAAGUAGAAUUUCAGUAUGUUGGUGAAUCUCUCAUAUGGGUUCUGGAGACAGGCCUGGGAGAUGACUUUACACCAAAGUUGAAGAGAGCCUGGUGUGAUGCCUUUGCUAUCAUCUCUAGUGUUAUGUUGGGUGCCAUUAAAGAUAUUAAUGGCUAGAGAGGGGCAUCCACAACAUCUAUUCUAUAUAGUUCAUCGUAUUACAACCCAUUUUAGAUGAUUCAAUGACAAAUACUCAGCCUGGGAGAUAACUAACAGGAUUAUAAGAUAAGUAGUUCCAAGUCUUUAGCAAAAACAAUCAGUUACCAGACUUAACUCUUUUAUGUGGACCUACAAACUCAAUAAGACACCAUCAACCCCUAAGCUUUGCCUAGGGGUUAGCCAUAAUUCAGUGUGUUUUUUCAUACGAGGUUUCAGGAACCUGAUUAAAAGACAUGACUCAAUCAAAUUUUUUUAGUCUGUUUGUUAAAAAGAAAUUGAAACAGGGCCUUGGUGUUUGGGUAAACUAAUCACUGAACCAAAGAGAAAGUAAAAAGCAGUUGAAUCUUUUGUGUAAGUUGAACUGCAAACAGGAAAUCAUAUUUUAAGUACAGGUAAAUGAAGAAAAAUAAUACAAUGGCAGUUUUGAUUUUUCCUUUAUACAAUAGUUUUAAGAAAACAACAGAA